AUGUCUAUUAAGCUGUGUGAUGUAAUUGACUUGAUGGAUCGUGGUCUUGUCCUCGAUCAAAAUUCUAAAAAUUAUACGUUUAUUGGAAGUUUAACCGAAAUGCAUUGUCCUGAUAAUAAUUGUGGUAAUGAUGAUAACAAAAAAAUUAGUUCUGCCUUUAUAGCAUUCCUAAAUUACUUUAAUAAUACUGGUAUUGAUGAGAAUUUAGAGAGUGAUAAAAUUGCUGAAUCCGCUAUUUUAUGGUUAGGUCACAAACUGAAUCAAAAAGCAGAAAAUGGAACCACCACAUUAAAGGAUUUUUAUAAUAAUCAUAUAGAAACAAAUAGUCAUUAUAAUAAGAAAAUAACUACUAAUAGUAGUAAUAAGAUUAAUAAGGAUGUUAUAGAAAAAAAAAUAAAAUCGAUGAAUAUUGGUAUUAAAGAUAUAUCUAAUUUUUAUGAUACAUUUAAAUCAUUAUGUAAUAUGGAUAGUGAACUUGAUCCAAAAAAAAAACCCCAAUGCAAUAAAUGUUUAAAAAAUGCUGGAGAAUUUUAUGAAAAAUAUGAAAAACUUAAAAAUGCUUUAGAUAUUAAUAAAGGAAGUUCUUAUUUACAACUAUUGUCUAGUUUAUCAAAUGAUUAUAACAAAUUUAAAGAGAAAUAUAAAAAGGAUGUAUGUAAUGAUAUCGAAUCCUUUGAAUCUUGUUUACGAAGUUCAUCGACAAAAAGUCCAGUGACAAAUUGUCCAAUGACAAAUUGUCCAGCGACAGAAUGUCCAGCGACAGAAUGUCCAACGACAGAAUGUCCAGUGAAAGAAUGUCCAGUGACAAAAAGUACACUAAUUACAAUUGUAAUUAUAUUUGUUGCAUCAUCAAUUUUAUUGGGAGUUUCUUAUAAGUAUUCGUUAUUUGGAUUUCGUAAACGAUCUCAAAAACAGCAUUUAAGAGAAAAGCUAAAAAAAUAA